GCAGCUCAGACUCUCUCUCCGCUCAGGUGCGCCCUGCUGACAGAGAUGCGCGUCAUGAUGGAGCGCACAUUCCGGGAGCAGCUCUUCUUUCUGGUGUUGUGUCUGUCCGUCCUCAAGGGAGACUCCAGAUACAUCGAGAGCAACGAGAUCUCAAAAGAUGAAUUAUAUUCAUUUUUCAACCCGGAACUGAAAAGAGAAACACCUGAAGAGUUGAUGUACCGCCGACCUUUACGCUGUCUGGACAUGGUUGCAGUUGAGGGUCAGUUCACCUUCACAGCCGAGCGUCCUCAGCUCAGCUGCGCUGCCUUCUUCAUGGCAGAGCCCAACGAAGUGAUCAGUGUGGAUUAUGACAACGUCGACAUCGACUGCAGUGGAGGAGACUUCAUCACGGUGUUUGACGGCUGGGUGAUGAAGGGAGAGAAGUUCCCCAGCUCUCAGGAUCACCCGCUGCCCGUGUACGAGCGUUAUGUGGAUUACUGCGACUCGGGUUCACUGAGGAGAACGGUGCGCUCCUCUCAGAACGUGGCCAUGGUCUUCUUUCGUAUUCACAACGCCGGCAGCAGCUUCACCCUGACAGUCAGGAAGCACAUCAACCCUUUCCCCUGCAAUGUCAUCUCCCAGUCACCAGAGGGCAGUUACACGAUGGUGAUCCCGCAGCAGCACAGGAACUGCAGCUUCUCCAUCAUCUAUCCAGUGGAGAUCGACGUUUCCGAGUUCAGCCUUGGACACUUGCACAACUUUCCCAAGAGAUCUCUGCCUGGCUGUGCAGAAUCGGGUGACUUUGUGCAGCUGCUCGGAGGAAAUGGAAUCGACACAUCAAAGCUGCUGCCCAUUACGGACCUCUGCAUCUCCUUCACCGGACCCACUCACAUGAAGAUCGGCUGCGACAACACGGUGGUGAGGAUGGUGUCCAGCGGGAAGUUUGUGAGCCGAGUGUCUUUCAGCUACAGGCUACUGGACAGCCAGGAGCUGCAGACGAUCAAACUCAACAAUGUGGAAGAUUUCUGUUUCAAUAACUGAUCCAAACGGGAUCCUCACGUGGCAAAUGCAUAAAUCGACAGCAAAAUUAUUUGACUGCAAUCAAGAGAUCCACCUCGCCCCGCCCAACUGUACAGACACAAUGUCUUAAGUCCAAAGACGUUGAACUAAAAGUGUAUUAAAAGUGAAGAUAUGUACAUUCUUUACAGCGAUAUUAUGGUGGCCUCCAAAAUUCACUGGCCUUUCAUUUGCAGGUUUAAUUUAUUUUUUCCACCAUUUUCACUCAUUGUUUGUUGCCUAAUAAAGCUGAAUGAAGUGUCCUUUGUGUUUGGUGGAACUGCUAUUGCUUUAUUCUUUUGUUAUGUUUGGGUUUUUUGGUCAUUAUUCUUGCAAAGGAAUGGUGCUAAAAUGAAUGUUCUACCUACUGUUUUUGUUUUGUUGAAUGAUUCAUGAUGUGCUGAGUUAUUUCCUGCCACAGAUGUCACAGAAGGCAGUAUUUCGGGGUGUUCAAUAAAAUAAAUAAAAAAGUGUUCAUUGCCAUUAUGCAGUUAAAUUUGUAUAAAAACCUUUUUGUAAUAAAAUUAUACUGCAUGACAACGCACUCA